UCAUCAUCAUCCUUGCCUUUUCGCCGCUGUUGCAGAGAGUAGAGAGCUAGAGAGAGAAAAACCCAAACCCAAACACACACACAAAACACUUUCUCUCUCUAAAAAGCUUCAAAGAAAGAAGACGAAAGAAAGAAUACUCCUUCCUUAUAUAUAUAUAUAGAUACAGAAGAAAAAGAGAGAAAGAGAAAGAUUUGUUGUAUGGAUUUUGGAUUUCAUUUUUCUCAAUACCCAUUUUGGUUAUGAAGAAAAAGAUUCAAUUUGAGUUUAUUAUCUGUUAAUUAAUCUUAAUCAUUCUCUCCAGUUUCUUUCCACCAUUGUUAAUAUCUCUCUUGCGUUUUUCGGUUGGGGGAAUUUUUUUUCUUCUGAUCCGACGGCUCAGGAUCUCCUGGUCCUGGUCCCUCCCAAUCGUACGCUCAGGACUCCUUUGUCAGUGUUCUCUCUCUCUCUCCCUCCCUAUCAUUCCAUCUUUUACGAGAGAAUUCUUUGAAGGUUUGCUUAUGAUGGAGCCUAAUGGGCAUAGGAGAUUAAGGGAGGGAAGUAAUCAUCAUCAUAGUAGUGAACAAAAUGGUGAUGCUAAUCAUUCAACUGUUAGUGAUGAAUUUGAUCCAUGGACAGCAUGGGCUUACAAGCCUCGAACCAUUUCGAUGUUACUUAUCGGUGCAUGCUUUCUUAUUUGGGUAAGUGGGGUAUUGGAUCCAGAAGGAAGUUCAUCUGAAGAUGUUGUUACAUCAGUUAAAAGGGGCGUAUGGGCGAUGAUAGCAGUUUUUCUUGGUUAUUGCUUGCUUCAAGCCCCAUCAUCAAUUCUGAUUAGACCGCAUCCAGCAAUUUGGCGUUUAGUUCACGGCAUGGCUGUUGUUUACCUUGUUGCUCUCACAUUUUUGCUUUUUCAGAAGCGAGAUGAUGCUCGACAGUUUAUGAAGUUUCUCCAUCCGGAUCUUGGUGUUGAACUUCCUGAAAGAUCUUAUGGAGCUGACUGUCGCAUAUACCUCCCCGAAAAUCCUACAAGCAGGUUUAAGAAUGUUUAUGAAACACUUUUUGAUGAAUUCGUUUUAGCUCAUAUUAUUGGAUGGUGGGGUAAAGCUAUAUUGCUUCGUAAUCAGCCUCUUCUUUGGGUGCUAUCGAUUGGUUUCGAGUUGAUGGAGCUUACUUUUCGUCACAUGCUACCAAAUUUUAACGAAUGCUGGUGGGACAGUAUUAUUCUUGAUAUUUUGAUCUGCAACUGGUUUGGUAUCUGGGCAGGAAUGCAUACUGUUAGGUACUUUGAUGGAAAAACAUACAAGUGGGUUGGGAUAAGUCGCCAACCAAAUAUUAUUGGCAAAAUGCAUUUUUUACUGAUUCAGGUAAAAAGAACACUUGAACAAUUUACACCGGCGCAAUGGGACAAAGAUGAGUGGCAUCCCCUGCUCGGUCCAUGGCGUUUCAUUCAAGUUGUUAGUCUUUGUAUCGUCUUCCUCACAGUAGAGCUUAACACUUUCUUCCUGAAAUUCUGUCUCUGGAUUCCUCCUCGAAACCCCGUCAUUGUUUAUAGGCUGAUAUUGUGGUGGCUAAUAGCAAUUCCAACAAUUCGUGAGUACAAUUCAUAUCUUCAAGACCGAAAACCAGCGAAAAAAGUCGGGGCAUUCUGUUGGCUUUCCUUAGCAAUUUGCAUAGUAGAACUUCUCAUUUGCAUCAAGUUUGGACAUGGACUAUAUCCGAAAUCUAUGCCAUUAUGGCUAAUAACCUUUUGGACAUCUAUUGGAGCAUUGUUUAUACUAUUCGUGGUCGCAUGGUCCUGGAAAUCUCACAGAAGUUUGAUGAGAAAGAGGCAAUGAUUUUGUCAGAUUUUCGGUUAUUAUUCUUUGAUUCCCCAAAUCUUCUUUCUUUCUUGAGGUUUGUCUUAUCACUUUCUUUUCUUCAUGUAAAUACUCUGAUCCUUUUUUUCUUUUAUAAAAUUGUAAAUGUUUAUUCUCUCAUUAGAUUAGUGGAUCACAUUUUUUCUUGAUCAUCAUCAUCAUCAUCUUCAUCAAUAGAGAAUAUGCUUCUGUACUUGGUUGCCACUAUUACUGGCAAAAAAAUAUUUCUCUGGUCCAAGAAACCCCAUUUUUUGUAGUACUCUUCUUUUCUUGUGUGAUUUAUAAAAAGAAUUAAGAAGUAAAUUCAAUUGUUUUUGCA